AUGUCAGCCUUAGUUCAGAUUGAGGAGACUUCAUCUCCAUGGAGAAAGUUUCUAGGUUUUAUUGGCCCUGGUCUUUUGGUUUCCGUCGCUUAUCUCGAUCCUGGAAACUUGGAGACGGAUUUGCAAGCUGGUGCCGACCACAAAUACGAGUUGCUGUGGAUUGUGCUUAUUGGGCUGUUCUUCGCGCAUUUGAUUCAAUCUCGUUCAGCAAACCUCGGGGUGGCCACUGGCAAACAUCUGUCGGAGCAUUGCAAGGAGGAGUAUCCAAAACUAGUCAUUGUGUGCCUCUGGAUGUUUGCCGAAGUCGCUGUCAUUGCUGCAGACAUCCCUGAAGUGAUUGGCACAGCUUUUGCACUCAAUAUACUGCUCAAAGUACCCAUAUGGGCUGGAGUCUUGUUGGCUGGUUUAAGUACGCUUCUUCUCCUCGGAUUGCAGCGCUAUGGUAUAAGGAAGCUGGAAGUUGUGAUUGGAACGUUGAUCUUGAUUGUGGGUGGCUGCUUCUUCUCUGUUUUGGUGCAUGCCAGACCUAGCGCGAAAGAGAUUGCCAAGGGAAUGUUUAUCCCAAGACUGAGCCGUGGAAGUGCUGUCAGAGAUUCUGUUGCCCUCUUGGGAGCCCUCAUCAUGCCGCACAAUCUUUUCCUUCAUUCAGCUCUUGUCAUCUCCCGGAAAAUACCUCGAACCGUACAGAGCAUUCGAAGUGCAAGCAGAUAUUUCUUGCUGGAAAGUGGUUUAGCUCUGUUCGUGGCAUUCCUUAUCAACGUAGCAGUAGUGUCAGUCAGUGGAAGUGUCUGCUCAAAUCCAAACAUCUCCUCAGAAAGCAAGCACAACUGUAAUCAUAUUACGCUUGACUCUGCUGCUCUAUUGCUCAAGGAUUCAUUAGGUAAGUGGAGCUCUUACCUCUAUGCCAUCUCUUUGCUUGCAUCCGGGCAGAGUUCAACUGUCACAGGAACCUAUGCUGGCCAGUAUAUCAUGCAGGGAUUUUUAGAUCUGAACAUGAAACUCUGGUUGCGGAAUUUGCUAACUAGAUGCAUAGCAAUUGUUCCAAGUCUUGUGGUCUGCAUUAUAGGUGGACCUUUUGGGGCUGCAAGGCUGAUUCUAGUUGCUUCUGUUAAAGACCGCAUGCCCAAAGCUACAAGGAUCCUAGCAGGACUUUUUGUUAUUCCACUAUUGGUGGUCUACAUCGCUACUUUGGCCUACUUAACUUUGAAGGCCGAAACCUCACACCAGAAUCCUACACAUCCCAAUGUAGAAUCCAACAAUAUCACUGAAGCAGAAGAUGUUCAGAGAAGAACAGAGAGCAUAAGUGCUCAGAUAUUUAAUGAGAUCGAAAUGGAUACCAUAACUUGCACCAGUUAA